AUGAGCAACUUGAUUAGGGAGGAGUUGUAUUUUGGAGCCCCGGAUUUGAGGGUACAGAUAUUUAGGCAGGAUGGAGAUGAUGUAGAGACGAGUAAUGUCUUGGAGACUAUCAAAGAAGAAUCGCAACCACCAUUCUCUGACGCGACAGCCGAAGACCCGGUAACACCACUGUCUUUCUUCGAUGUUGCACUUCCAAUACGCUUUAGACAGUUUGAAGUCAAGAUUGGAGGAUUGGAGGACCCCCUCUCUCAUGAUAUGAGAAGAAUGGAUAUUGGUGAUGAAUAG